AUGAAAAGGCUUCAGUCUCUGCUCCGUCGUUUGGAAAGAUUUCCACAUACGUUGGUCCCGAAAUCAAUUCUUCGGCUGAUCGAAUCUCUGAAUGGGGCCAGCAGCAGCUGGGGACCGGGCAGGGCCCUGGAGAAUUGGGUACAUGGUCAACCCUGGCGAAAAGCUCUUCCACUACCAUUCCAGAUUGAAGUUCCGAUAUUUUAUGAGGAUGCCCGUGGACAGCAACGCACAUCUGGGAUGCAUUACGUGUUGUUGCCACAUGAAAUCUUGGGAACCUUUUAUCAGUUUGAAGCCGCUGACCUCAUGAUGAAAUUAACUGGUGGCCCAGGUGCUUUGGCGGAGUUCUGGUCGCAUGAGCAAACUACAGAAUGGUUUCGCAAUCACCCUAUUCUCAGAGUGACUGAUCCCAACUUUGUCAUACCCUUUCGUCUCUUCGGGGAUGGGGCUGAAAGUAGCAGAAAACAAAAGUUCGAAAUCUUGACUCUGGUUCUGCCUGUGGUGAGCCACGCAAAUCGAAGUUCGGCAACCAUGGACACCAGAAUUUUGAUCUCCUGUAUGAGCGGGACGUAUUGCAACCAUUAUUCCAGGACACGAAUCUUGGAGACAAUUGCCUGGAGUUUUGAAGCACUUAGUACUGGCAAAUACCCAAGAUGUGAUCCAUGGGGACGCCCGUUUACGGCGCAAUACCAUCCUCACAGAAUGCGUCUUGCUGGAAAGCGUAUUGCUGGCAACUAUGUGGGUGUACUGGAAGCCUUCCAGGGGGACCAAGACUUCAUUAGAAUUUUGUUUUCACCAUCCCGUUUUUUUUCCAGGCAAUUUUGCUGCUAUUAUUGCAGGGCAUGUCAAUGGGUUUAUCAAGACGACAACCCCCAGCUGAAUGAUUACUUGUACACAAAUUUUGGACCAGCUGCUGCACACCGCAAUACGUUGGUGACUAUCAGUGAGUGGGCUGAUGUCAAUCCAGAGACACCCCUCAUGAGGAUUCCGGGGUGGUCGCCGUGGCGAAUCCUUCCAGACAUCAUGCAUAUAUGCUACCUUGCAUGUACGGUGGAUGUGAUAACCAGUUUCGAGCUGGUGCGGCGAUGGGACUGGCGGAGAUUGAAAUGGUGUGCCUACGUGGUGGCAGAGUUUUUUCACCCCCAGAAUGGACACAUUUUGAGUUUGGGUACUUGGUGUACAGGGCUGGUUUGAACAAGAUGGGGGCAAUAGCCCUUGAGAAAAAACAAACCAGAUGGAGACAGCGACCAAGGGUCAUGGUCUUGAACACCUGGUUUAUGAUUUCCACGGGCUUAAUCCCCGUUACUGUAGCAAUUUCCUCGAUGAGGAUUUCGUGAGAAGAUCCAAAAAAUUGGCAAUUCAAUCCAAUGCCCGGUUUGUGUCGAAACAUGUUCUCUUUAGAUAUGCUAUCGCUGCCACACUGCGGUGGACGGAUUUGAAGCCCGAGUGAGA